AUGGCGCUCUUGGAUAUUAUUGUCUCUGUGCUACCAUCCCGUGAGGAUGGAGUGAUGAAUAUGGCGGCCUCCUAUAUGAAAUUCCUCGCUUUCGGUUGGAUACUUUACCAGUUCGUGCGUGCCAUGUGGAAUAUAUCCCCUUUCCACCCUCUCAGCCGCAUUCCUGGUCCGAGACUGGCAGCUGCAACGUAUCUUCCGGAAUUCUACCACGACGUAGUAAAGUUCGGGCGAUACACACAUGAAAUAAGGAGAAUGCACGAAAUAUACGGCCCCCUAGUUCGCAUUAACCCCGAUGAGGUUCACUGUAACGACUUUCGAUUUAUGGACGAGAUCUAUGCAGUGGGUGGUAGGAAGCGUGACAAGCCGCUACAUCAGAUAACCGGGUCGGCCAUGGGUACCGCUACUUUUGGAACCUCCGACCAUAACCUACACCGCAUACGCCGUAUCCCGGUAGCGAAAUUCUUCUCUAGAGCUCAGCUCGCGCAGCUUGAGCCGCUGGUCCAGCGUCUAGCCCAGCGUCUCUGCGAUAAGAUGCUGGCGCAGGCGGGUACGGGCAAGCCCUUCGACCUUGCGAUGGCUUAUAGCUGUUUCACCGCGGAUGCAAUCUCAGACUAUAGUUUUGGCGAAAGCUUGGGACAUCUCGAUCAAGAAUCGUGGGAACCCAAUUACCUACGAUCGCUAAUCGCUCUCCUCAACACGGCUCAUAUCUUCCGCUUCUUUCCCUUCCUGAAAUACAUUACAGAGGCAAGUCCGCGGUUCGUAAAUUACCUACCUCGAGACACUGCGUUGAUGGUCCGGACGAUAAAUACUAUCCUACCCAAUAUGGUUAAGAAAGCCAAGCUCAAUAUGGAAGCCGACAUCAAGCGCGAGCGCCCGACUGUCUUUGCCGAGUUACUUAAGUCAGACCUACCGGAGCAAGAAAAAACCAUGGCCCGGCUCGUAAGGGAGGCCGCCGCCAUGAUGGGUGGCGGCACCGGGACCGCGAGCUGGACCCUUAGCGUCAUUACAUACCACCUUCUGACGAAGCCGAGCCUCUUAGAUAAACUAACCGACGAGCUGCGCGGCGCUGUAUCCGACCCGCAGAACUUACCCCCUUGGACGACGCUGGAAAAACUGCCGUACCUCGGCGCCGUGAUCCAGGAGGGCUUGCGACUGUCGUACGGCGUGUCCGGGCGCACUGCCCGCGUGGCGCCCGAGGAGGACCUAGUAUACCGCGGGGAAUGGAAACCGAAGGGUAGCAAGAAGAACGUGUCGCUUGCGUAUAUUAUCCCCCGGGGCUACGCCGUCGGCAUGUCAACACACUUAGUACACCACGACGAGACCCUAUUCCCGAACUCGUCCGAAUUCAUACCCGAGCGGUGGCUGGGUGACGAUCUAGAAAAGAGAAGGGAGAUGGAGCAACACCACCUUUCUUUCGGGAAGGGCAGCAGGAUGUGCUUUGGUAUGAAUCUUGCGCUCUGCGAAUUGCAUCUCGGUCUUACCGCGUCGGUGUUACGCGUAUUUCCGCAUAUGCGCCUGUUUGAGACUACCGAGGAGGAUAUUUGGUAUGAUUAUGAUAUAGUUAUACCUAUGACUAGGGCCGAUAGUAAGGGCGUACGGGUGGUUAUUGUGUAG